AUGUCAGUUCAAGCUAGGAGUCCUACCCUUGGAGCCGACGUAAGCGAGCCGUCCUCCCAAGGGAGAUUGCGCCUCACCGCAGACCAGGAGCGCACCAGUAAAGCCAAUGCCAUCAUCGCCAGCCAAGCAAGCUCGUCGUCUUCCAUCACCUCCAGUAUUUUAGACUACACGUACGAGAAUGGCCGACGCUACCACGCCUUCCGUGAAGGCAAAUACUUCGGGCCCAACGAUGAGAGGGAGCAGAACCGCAUGGACCUCUUCCACCACAUCUCCACCUUGGUCCUCGACGGAAGAUUGUUCAACGCACCACUCCGGAAGGACCCCAAGGAUGUUCUAGAUUUUGGCACCGGCACUGGGAUCUGGGCUAUUGACUUCGCCGAUGAGUACCCUGACUGCAAUGUCAUCGGAACGGACCUCAGCCCUAUUCAAUCUGUCUGGGUUCCUCCGAACUGCCACUUCCUGGUUGAUGAUGUUGAAGCCGAGUGGGAUGAGAAUCAGACCUUUGACUUCGUCCACGGCCGCACCAUGAGUGGUUGCAUUAAAGACUGGUCCAAUCUAUAUGCUCAGACGUAUAAAAACCUCAACCCUGGCGGCUGGGUUGAGAUACAAGAGUUCGAAAUCGGUUAUAGCUGUGAUGACGAUUCCUAUCCGACCAAAGCACCGACUUUGGCUCUCUACAUCGAAAGCCUAAACAAAGCUAGUGAGGCGAUUGGAAGGCCAAUGAACGUCGCACGGCACCAAAAGCAAUGGAUGACAGAGGCUGGAUUCGUCAAUGUGACAGAUGACGUCUAUGAAGCUCCGAUGGGCCCAUGGACCCAGGACGAUAAACUGAGAGAAGUUGGCAAGUACACCUUGAUUCACGUCCUCGAGGCCAUUGAGGCAUAUUGCUUGGCAUUGUUCACGAGGGUGUUGGAUUACCGACCUGAGGAGGUUCAAGUCAUGAUGGCCAAGAUGCAGAAAGAGUAUAAAGAUCCGGACGUGCAUAUCAACUGGGUCUAUCACGUCUGUUAUGGUCAAAAGCCGGAGAGCGCUUAAUAUCCCCAAAGCAACGUACGAAACCCAUUUCUACAAUUUUCUACUUGUACUUGUAUAUGUGUGGAGUCAGGGUUCAAGAGGCUUAUGGUUGUUCUCAUAAUUCGCUGCGUAAUCCUUUGAUGAGGAUAGCUCUUAAAAAUAAUUUUGAGAAAACAUU